AUGGCCGCCACCACGAUGAGCCACGUGUUCGAGUACGAGAACGAGCUGAACGACAACCUCUACAACCUGAAGAUGUCCGGCAAGAGCAAGGCCAGCAACAUGCGGCUCAGGCGAGCCCUGAAGCCGAUCCUGCGGCUGCUGAAAAAGAAGACCGGCAAGACUGGCAAACACGGCAAGGAGCAGAAGGCUGUGCCGCAAGUGGAGGUGUUCACCGAGGAGGUUGACAACCAGAACAACGCGAACGAGGCCUUGGAGAGAAGGCUGCUCGCCGAACUCCAAGACGCCGAGGAAGGUGCGGCCAUCACCGUCUGCCUGGACGGGCAGAUGACUGUCGUGCCGGUUGUACCUGGUCAGUGCUACGUGCCCGUGCAUUUCGCGCACACCCACGCCGGCGACUUCUACUGGACGACCUUGAGCAUGGCCGACAGUGAUCUGUGCUACAAAGAGCGCGCAUUCUCGCAGCAUCAAACGCCCGAGAUGCAAGUCGCGUGA